AUACUCAGUAGUGGGAUUGCUGGGUUGUACGGUAGGUUUAUUUAUUUAUUUAUUUAUUUUUGAGACAGAGUCUCGCUCUGUUGCCUAGGCUGGAGUGCAGUGGCAUAAUCUCGGCUCACUGCAAGCUCCACCUCCCAGGUUCAUGCCAUUCUCCUGCCUCAGCCUCCCGAGUAACUGGGACUACAGGCACCUGCCACCACACCCGGCUAAUUUUUUGUAUUUUUAGUAGAGAUGGGGUUUCACCGUGUUAGCCAGGAUGGUCUCAAUCUCCUAACCUCGUGAUCCGCCCACCUCAGCCUCCCAAAGUGCUGGGAUUACAGGCGUGAGCCACCAUGCCUGGCCGGUUUUUGUUUUUUUGUUUUUUCUUUCUUUCGUUGAGACUGAGUCUUGCUCUUGUUGUCCAGGCUGGAGCGCAGUGGCGCAAUCUCAGCUUUUAGUAGGAUGAGCCGCAAACAAAACCUCUCAGACACCAAGUUGUAGAAGGAAGGGCUUUAUCCAGCUGGGAGCAUCAGCAAGCUACUGCCUCAAAACCUGAGCUCCCCAAGUGCACAAUUUCUGUCCCUUUUAAGGGCUCAUGACACUAAAGAUUUCACAUGAAAGGGUCGUGAUUGAUUUGAGCAAACAAGCGGUACAUGACAGGGGCUGCAUGUACCGGUGGUCAGAGAGAAACAGAACAGGGCAGGGAGUUUCACAGUGUUCUGCUGCACAAUGUCUGGAAUCUAUGAAUAACAUCGGUUUCUAAGUUAUGAGUUGAUUUUUAACUACUGAGUUUAGGCCAGGCAGGCCCAGGCCUGGUUUCGGGCCUGGUGCUGGGCUGCCUGUCUUUGGUUUUACUUCCUUGCUGUUUUUUUCUUUUUUUCUUAAAACAGGUACUGAGUAUAAAACAAUAUGAGAGGGUCUCUCUCUUUCCUCAGGCUCACUGCAACCUCCGCCUCCCAGGCUCAAGUGAUUCUUCUGUCUCAGCCUCUCAAGUAGCUGGGAUUACAGGCACACACCACCAUGCCCGGUUAAUUUUUGUAUUUUUAGUUGAGAAGGGGUUUCACCAUGUUGGCCAGGCUGGUCUCGAACUCCUGACCUCAAGUGAUCCGCCCACCUCGGCCUCCCAAGUGCUGGGAUUACAGGCGUGAGCCACCGUGCCCGGCCUCAAGUCAUGUUAUUAUAAACUAAAAUUAACAAUUAGGAGAGACUUUAGAAAUCUACCCAUGCACUCUCGUUUUACAAAUCCAAAACCAAGGCCUAAACAAGGUGAAAGAUUUGUCUGGGGUCUGGAAGAGUACCUAGCUCUGUUCUGAGAUCUCUAAUUUCCAUGACAGCUUCUUUUUAAUUUAUAAUAAUGAUUGGCUUUACUCCAAUGUCAUGCUUGCCCCCCCACCCCACCCCAAGUAACUAAAACGUACAGAUGUUUGCUUCGUUCUUGUACUUUCUUAUUUUUGUAAGCUUUCUUCCUAAAAUGCCUGGAACAGCCCCUCAAAUGGAAGGCUAGGACGUGGUUAGGAAGGCGGGCACUCACACACCAGAAGGGAACUCUCUAGUGCUGCUGGCUCCUUUGUUUCUUCCUCCUUCACUGUCCGGGUUCCUCGUUCCGUUGCGGCGCCCUCCCUCGCCCUCCCUCGCCCUCCCUCGCCCUCCCUCGCCCAUCAGCCAGUCGCCCAGCUACCAGCUCCCAGAGCCUCCGCCUCCUUCAGGGACCGGCCGCCCUGACCCAAGAUGGCGCCAGACGCUUCGGCUGUGAGGGAAGUGAGCUCACGCUACUCCGGAAGGGAAGGCGGGAAGGGAGUGGGGGGCGGGGGGUGGCUGACCCGCUGUGGGGCUGUGGGGCUGUGGGUGGGGCGGCGGCCGUGGCCCUGGCAUUCGCGCUUGGGUCUGGAGAUAGCGCGAGAGACUCACCGGCUCCUGGGAACCCAGUCGAGGGCCCGGGCCAGGGGCAUAAGAGGAAGUUGUCCCGAGUGGCUCGCCUCUGGCCCUGGGAGAGGCGGCCCCGGGAGCCGGCGUCCCGCCCCCGGCGGCCUCAUUCCCCGACCCUCCUCCCCGGCUGCGCGCGCCGGCCCUGGCUGUAUCUCGGGGGCUGCGGCGGGAACUGCCGAGCGGGCUUGACUGGACCCACUGCCUGAGGACCUGCGGAGGAGACGAGGGAGCGCGGCAGAAGGGCAAGUGGACUUUGGCGUUAAGAUGCAGGGGGGUGAACCAGUGUCCACAAUGAAAGUCUCGGAGAGCGAAGGAAAGCUGGAGGGCCUGGCCACAGCGGUGACCCCGAACAAGAACAGCAGCUGUGGAGGUGGCAUCAGUAGCAGCAGCAGCAGCCGCGGUGGCAGUGCAAAAGGCUGGCAGUACAGUGAUCACAUGGAAAAUGUGUAUGGCUAUUUAAUGAAGUAUACCAACCUUGUCACUGGGUGGCAAUACAGGUUUUUUGUUUUAAACAAUGAAGCUGGGCUGUUGGAGUACUUUGUGAAUGAACAGUCUAGAAAUCAGAAACCUAGAGGAACUUUGCAGCUUGCAGGAGCUGUAAUAUCACCCAGUGAUGAGGAUUCUCACACCUUCACUGUAAACGCUGCCAGUGGGGAACAAUAUAAACUCAGAGCUACAGAUGCAAAAGAGCGACAGCACUGGGUUAGCAGACUUCAGAUAUGUACACAGCAUCAUACUGAAGCUAUUGGAAAGAAUAAUCCUCCUCUGAAGUCACGGAGCUUCUCACUUGCAUCUAGUGGUAAUUCUCCUAUAUCGCAGAGGAGACCAAGUCAAAAUGCCAUUUCUUUUUUUAAUGUUGGACAUUCCAAACUGCAAUCAGUGAGCAAAAGAACUAAUUUACCUCCAGACCAUCUUGUGGAAGUCAGAGAAAUGAUGUCUCAUGCUGAAGGACAACAAAGAGACUUAAUUAGACGAAUUGAAUGCCUUCCUACUUCUGGCCAUCUUAGUUCCUUGGACCAGGAUCUCUUAAUGCUCAAAGCUACUUCCAUGGCAACUAUGAACUGCUUAAAUGACUGCUUUCAUAUUCUCCAGUUACAGCACGCAUCACAUCAGAAGGGCUCAUUGCCUUCAGGAACGACAAUCGAGUGGUUAGAACCAAAGAUAUCUUUAUCAAACCACUAUAAAAAUGGAGCUGACCAGCCCUUUGCAACUGAUCAGAGUAAGCCGGUGGCAGUCCCAGAAGAGCAGCCUGUUGCAGAAUCUGGACUAUUAGCGAGGGAGCCUGAAGAAAUAAAUGCAGAUGAUGAGAUAGAGGAUACAUGUGACCACAAAGAGGAUGACCUGGGAGCUGUAGAAGAACAACGUAGUGUCAUCCUACAUCUCUUGUCACAGCUUAAGCUGGGCAUGGAUUUAACGAGAGUGGUGCUUCCUACAUUUAUCCUAGAGAAGCGUUCCUUGCUGGAAAUGUAUGCAGACUUUAUGUCUCAUCCAGACCUAUUUAUAGCCAUCACUAAUGGAGCCACAGCUGAGGACAGAAUGAUUCGCUUUGUUGAGUACUACCUUACCUCAUUUCAUGAAGGCCGUAAGGGAGCCAUUGCUAAAAAACCAUACAAUCCUAUCAUUGGAGAAACAUUUCACUGUUCCUGGAAGAUGCCAAAAAGCGAGGUAGCAUCCAGUGUUUUUAGCAGUUCUUCCACCCAGGGAGUCACAAAUCAUGCUCCUUUAUCGGGGGAGUCUUUGACCCAGGUGGGAUCAGACUGUUACACAGUCAGAUUUGUUGCUGAGCAGGUUUCUCAUCAUCCUCCAGUCUCAGGAUUUUAUGCAGAAUGUACAGAGAGGAAGAUGUGUGUAAAUGCGCAUGUCUGGACUAAGAGCAAGUUCUUAGGCAUGUCAAUAGGCGUGACAAUGGUUGGAGAAGGUAUUCUUAGUCUGUUGGAGCAUGGAGAAGAGUACACAUUUUCUCUACCUUGUGCAUAUGCUCGGUCAAUUUUGACUGUUCCUUGGGUAGAACUGGGUGGCAAAGUCAGUGUCAACUGUGCAAAAACUGGAUAUUCAGCCAGCAUCACUUUUCAUACCAAGCCAUUUUAUGGUGGCAAACUGCAUCGGGUUACAGCUGAAGUAAAGCACAACAUCACCAACACUGUGGUAUGCAGAGUGCAAGGGGAAUGGAAUAGUGUUCUUGAGUUCACAUAUAGCAAUGGAGAGACAAAGUAUGUGGACUUGACUAAAUUGGCAGUGAUGAAGAAAAGAGUGAGACCUCUGGAGAAGCAGGAUCCAUUUGAAUCCAGGCGAUUGUGGAAAAAUGUGACAGACUCGCUGAGAGAAUCUGAAAUUGAUAAGGCCACCGAGCAUAAGCAUACCCUGGAAGAACGUCAGAGGACUGAAGAAAGGCAUCGUACUGAAACAGGCACACCUUGGAAAACCAAAUAUUUUAUUAAAGAGGGAGAUGGCUGGGUUUAUCAUAAACCACUUUGGAAAAUAAUUCCAACAACACAACCAGCAGAGUGACACAUACUAUCUAAAACUCGACCAAAUGAGGUUCUUCUCUGUUUACCCUAAAUCCUCCCAGAAUGGAGUCAUUGCACUGAGUGACCUGCUUCCUGAUUGCGCAGACUGAAACUAGCUAAACCUGAAUGUACCUACUAGGGCACCAUAAUACUGCAGCAAGACCAAAGUGGUAAAGAAACACAGUGGACCUCUUACCAACCUGUUCAUGUGAUGUGAGCAAUACCAUCUUAAAACUUGUUACCUGAAUCAGUAGAUGAAUCUUUUAUCCAGUUCUUGCUCCUAAAGUUAAGUUUGAAUCCCCUAUUUUUGCACAGGGGCAGCAGAUACACACAACAAUGAGAACUCAGUGACUUUGAUUUCUUUGUAGUGAAAAGUGAAGUCUGUGUUUCAGAGUUUGUGUCUUUCUUUCUGUCCAUAACUGAAGUAUUCACUACUCUUGUAAACCAACCAAGAGGAGGAGAAAGAUGACCCAGAAGUGGAUUCAGCCAUUGUGCCUGAAAUCAGUGUUUAAAAAAAAAAAAAAUCAACCAGGUUGUGGUAACAAGGCAUUCUAUUUCUUCAAAAAGACUGUAUGCCUGUGUCUGAGGAACUUACCCAUUAUCCACCUCUGUUGGAACUCUCUUUUAAAAAGUACAUUUAUAGAUUGAUCAGAAUUAUAACCAUGGAGAAUUUUUUCUUCUGAGCAUUUUAAUAUACUUGAAAACAACAUUGACUUGAAAAAUUUCAGAACAUUUUUCAGUACCUAGUUUUAUUAAAUAUUACACUUGAGAGACACUUUUUAAAAAUGUGUUAAUGUCAAUAUGAUGAGAUUUUAGCCUUUCUCCAGAACUAAGGCAUUAAAGAAAAUAGCAAAUAUUAAAAAAUAAAACUGUUACUUUUUUCCUUCUUUCUUUUCACCUUUAGGUUAAUAUCCAGUAUUAUGUGUUAUCCCUUUGGAUAAGUAUGCUUUAUUUUACCUCUGUUAAAAAUUAAAAUAAAUGAUUCUAUUCAUAUUUGUCAGUAAUUCAAAACUUAUAUGUGUAACUGAACGCGCAUGUAAGGUACGGUUUUAUUUAUUUUUUUUUUUUUUUGAGGAAAUUUAAAUGCUAAAGAAACAACGAAAUGAAAAGGUAUCAGGAAAAAAAGAUCAGGAAGUUGUAUUCAGGUACAAAUCUUUUUUUAAAUAAGUAUUUUGUUGAGGUUGAAGAAUUGCUGGCAAUUAAAAGAAUAGAGCUAAUUAUGGCUUUCAUCAUUCAUUCAUGUAUUUAUUGAGCACCUACUUAUUAUGGUGCUCAACACUUGUUACUGCAAGCUACCUUAAUUUCCCAAGAGUGGUGCCUUACUCUGUUUUUUCUGAUAUGGUCUUCCAAUCAGUGUGUGUAACAUACCUGUUGUUUAUCAGCCAUUGUAGGUGGCUGUGUCUGUUGCAUCAUCAUAAGAAGUUUAAGCUUUGUGCUCUGAUAAAUUGUGUUCUGUUAAAGAGGUUAGUAGGAUGAAAACAGCAAAACAAUAAUUUUUUCAACAAAUUGUAAAUUAUAAGAAAAAGAGUUGGUUUGUGUACAACAAUUUUAAUGAUUCCCUUGUUCAUUUUUGCUGUGAAAUGCACUGAAAAAAAUCCUCAAAAUGAGUUAUAGUUCCUGUGUUGGGAAAAUUGACAAAUAAUAAAACUAGAGAACAAACAA